AUGGCUGUGAUGAGUUGGACUGGAAUAAAUUUCCUCACAAAAAUGUAUCAAAAGCAGGGUUUCGCGUUAAUUUUGUUUUUCGUGCUAUGUGGGGUUGCAACUUCACACGACUCAAGGAGUUGUGAAUUGGCGAGAAAAGGGAUAGAGGACAAAUUGAAAGUACAGUCAAUAAAAAUUCCUGAUGUGCCACAAACAGGUGAUCUAUGUGGCCAAUCUUGUUGUACAAAAGAAGUAGAAAGAGAUGCGUACAAAUUUAAUCAAUUGUUUGUAGAUAAAUAUAUUAAAAAUUCUGUUUCAAAGAUAUCGUCAAUUAUAGAAACGAGAGCUAGAAAAUUUGAUGACCAAUUUCAAGGAAUGAUGAAAACAUCGAAAAAAGAAUUUCAUGACAUGUUCGAACGCACGUACGGUAAAAUCUACCUCAAAAAUUCCGAUGUCUUCAGUGACUUCUUCGACGAAUUAGAAACAUAUUAUAAAAAGGGCUCAGUCAGGCUCUCGGAGACCAUGGAUACAUUUUUCGGCAUCCUUUAUCAGAGAAUGUUUACUGUUAUCAAUGCUCAAUAUACUUUCGAUGAAGGAUACCUCGAUUGCGUUUCUAGCCACAUGCAGGAAAUGAAACCUUUCGGAGAUGUCCCCCAUAAACUUGGAGUACAACUGAGGCGUUCGUUUGUGGCUACUAGGACAUUUUUUAAAUCAUUGAUGAAGGCUGCGGAAGCUGCCGAGAGACUCGGGGAGUUAAAAGUGAGUGAAGAUUGUUAUAGGGAGAGUGCGAAAAUGAGGUAUUGUGGCAUUUGUAAAGGUGAAGAUGGUGGUGUGCCGUGUUCCCCCUAUUGUAUUAGUACGAUGCAAAAUUGUUUGAAGUAUCAUACAGAAGUAUCCAGUUAUUGGGAUAAUUUGAUUGAUGCUAUUGACAAGGUUGGUGAUCGACUGCUGGGUCCAUACAACAUAGAAAUAGUAGUGGAACCCCUUAACAUUAAAAUCUCAGAGGCAAUCAUGAACUUUCAAGAAAGUGGUACGGAAGUUUCCAAGAGAAUUUACAGUCUUUGUGGAAAACCGAAUUUUAGCAGGCCAAAAAGACAAGCGGAUUACCCCGAUGCUUCCCAAGAUGGACCUACAACGGAAAUAAAAAUUGAACCAAUGAAAAUUCCUGGUAGGAAGAAACAUAAAAAGACAAUGACGCCCGUGGAGAAUACAUCCUCGCCUUUGGAAAAAAUUAUUACUGAUAUUAAACAGAAAAUUAAGGAGACCAAACAAUUCUGGCAAAAUCUUCCCUAUCAAUAUUGUAACAACUUAUCGAUACUGAAUUCAAUAAAUUCGACAUCUUCCCAAUGUUGGAAUGGAACAAAUAUAAAUAAUACAAUUAUCCAAACAAAAAUCAACUUAGGUGACCAUCCCAUACUCAAUGAGCAGACGUAUUCUCUUCAAGGUCUUACAGAGAAACUCAGGAAGGCUCAUCAAGGUCAAGAAGUUGAAAUGGUGGAUGAUACAGAGGAAAUAUUAGAUGGUAGUGGAUCUGGAUCAGGAGAUGGACUUGAGGAAGAGGAAGAAGGAGAAACGACGGUGAAGGACGACAAGGAACUAACAUUCGAGGAACCAAACAAGGAAGAGGAUGAAGUUCACAACAGAGCGUUCCCAAUAUCGACGUCUAGUAGUACGCGUGCUCCUGAAGUAGUCACAGCGUCUAGUGCAAAUACAAAUACGAACAAUAUGUCGCUUACUAGAGCGUUGAUCACGUACCUUCUGCCCAUGAUAAUGGCUUGGUUCGGCGGUGCCAUAACAAACUUGCUGUGA